CGCAUCCAUAUGCUUCCAGUGUGGAUGUGGGAAAUAAGAGGCUACUAGUACCAAGAAGAGGCUGGAUAGAGGCGCAGACUGUUCCGCUUUUUUUCGGCUCUGCCUGCUGAGGCUUCAGGAGCUCCUCAGGCUGCAAUGCGCUCCUGAAGCGGAGGAGAAGGAGGAAGGCGAUGAUGGCCGCAGAUGUGGAUAAAACAGUCCCGGAGAGAGAGCGGGGGAACGGGCUGAGGAGCCCAGGAUCCGGAUCCUGGUUCCGUAGAGGUUUGUGGUUCCUGCUGGUGGUCUGCGGGGCCCCCCUCGCUGCCUUUGGGAUAAAGUUCUACCGGGACUCCCAGCUCCUCAAACGCCAUGAAGAGGGCGUUCGGAGUUUGGGUGCCGAAGGCCUGUUUCUCUUCUCCUCCUUGGACACAGACCAUGACCUCUUUCUGAGUCCGGAGGAGUUCAAACCCAUUGCAGAGAAGCUCACAGGGCUCAUCCCCCCGGUGGAUUUGGAGGAGGAUGUGAUUGACGACCCAAAUGGAGAGGAUUUGAUCUUGGAGGCCAAAAUGCAGCCUCUCUUACUGGACUCCAUGACUAAAAGCAAGGAUGGUUUUCUUGGAGUUUCCCACAGCUCCCUGAGUGGUCUGCGCUCCUGGACAGGUCCUGCGUUGCCCUCCUCUUCGUUCCCCGCCAGCCAGUUCAGAGUUUUCCUGCCCCCAAAGGGUAAAGUGGAAGCGGGAGACACCUGGUGGGUGAUUCCCAGCGAGCUCAACAUCUUCACUGGUUACUUACCCAACAACCGUUACUAUCCUCCCACCCCGAAAGGCAAAGAGGUUCUGAUUCACUCCCUGUUGAGCAUGUUCCACCCUCGGCCCUUCAUCAAGUCCCGCUUUGCACCACAGGGCACGGUCGCCUGCAUACGGGCCAGCAGUGACUUUUAUUAUGACAUCGUCUUCAGGAUUCACGCAGAGUUCCAGCUGAAUGACGUUCCAAACUUUCCCUUCUGGUUUACUCCGGGUCAGUUCACCGGUAACAUCGUCCUGUCUAAAGAUGCUUCCCACGUCCGGCACUUCCACCUCUACGUUCCCAGUAACAGGUCUCUAAACGUGGACAUGGAGUGGCUCUAUGGAGCAAGCGAGAGCAGCAACAUGGAGGUGGACAUUGGAUACCUGCCACAGUUGGAACUGCGGUCCAUGGGGCCCUCCACUCCCUCUGUUAUCGUGGAUGAGAAAGGAAACGUCCUCGACAGUCGGGACGGAAGCAGUGACCAGAUCCAGUUUGUCUUUGAGGAAAUUCACUGGACCUCAGAGAUCAGUCAGGAGGAAGCUCUCCGCCGCCUGGAGGUCACCCUCUACCCGUUCAAGAAGGUGUCCUACUUGCCUUUUGCUGAGGCUUUUGAGCGAGCCGGAGCGGAGAAGAAGCUGGUGCAUUCCAUUCUGCUCUGGGGAGCUUUGGACGAUCAGUCCUGCUGAGGUUCAGGGCGGACUCUCCGGGAAACGGUCCUGGAAAGUUCGCCCGUUCUCACUCUGCUCAACCAGAGCUUCAUCAGCAGCUGGUCUCUGGUCAAAGAGCUGGAGACCAUCCAGGCUGACGAGCGGAACCCUGCACUGAGGGAAAAGGCCCGCCUACAUCUGGAGAAGUACAGUUUCCCUGUGGAGAUGCUGGUGGCGCUGCCCAAUGGAACAGUUGUCCACCACAUCAAUGCUAACUACUUCCUGGACCAGACGGCAGUGAAACCAGAGGAUGAAGGGGCCACUUUCAGCUUCUCUGGGGGGUUUGAGGACCCCUCUACGUCCACGUACAUCAAAUUCCUGAAGGAGGGGCUGGAGAAGGCCAAGGAAUUCAUGACUCAGUAAAAUGUGUCACACUGCU